AUGUCAAAAGCUAUGGUUAAAAAAGCGUUAGAUCUAGUUAAUGACGAUGAUCUUUUACCAUCGAAAUCAAAUAAGAUGUCUGUCAUUGGUAAAAUUGGUAAAAAAUCAAAUAAGAAAACACAGUCCAAUAGUAAUGCGACAAUUUGGCAACAAUCUUCUAAUCAUACGGAUCAAAAAUUAGAAAAGAAAAAGAUAAUAAAAACAUGUUUGACAUUGAAAAAGUUAAACAAUUCUACUAUUACCACUGAAUUGAUGUCUCAAUUGAAUGAGUAUCGUUUUGGUACCAAACAACAACAAGCAAAUAAACAAAAAACACAAAAAGAAGAAUCAAUAUUUACUGAUGAAGAUUUUAAACGAUUUGAACGUGAUUAUAAUCCUGUAGUAAUAAAGCGAUGA